AUGGAAGAGCUCCACACAGCGGCACGUGAGACCCUCCAGCGACGAGACUCUAGUAUAAUCCCACAGGCGCGUUUAGACAGCAUAAACGUUCCUGAAGACCUAGAUCUGUUAUGGCACAAUAUAUCAUCCUAUCAAGCCAAGAACACACCAACCACAUGCGAGAAUCUUCUUGUCGCUCAAGCAUUUUUGACACGCCAGAGCUCGAAGAGCUUAUCGGAAACUGACGAAAAUGCUGGCAAUAAUCUAUAUCAGUGGGCCAGCGAGCUUGCGCUUCCGUCUGCAGCCUUCGCAACGGCAAAGGUAGGAACCGAUGAUAGCGACAAGUCUGAAAUGAUCCGUGGGAAUAAGUUUCAGCUGGAACUUGCUGUAUCUGUCCUUGUUGCGCUGGAUUCUCUGCUGCCGAUUCAGAAAUCGGCGCACGCGAUGGAUGCUAUCACAGCGCUGGCGAGUUUCACGUCUGAGCAAGAUUCCUGGACGACACAAGACAGUUAUAUGAAAUCAAGGAAAAUCCUAGAGACCUUUGUUACAAAUGUCCAUGGCGAGUCAGAUAGCUUCUUCUGGUCUCUCAUUGAAAGGAUCCUCAAAGAGAGAAUCAAGCCGGUAUUCGCGAAGACGAAAAACCCUGCGAUUACUGCCGCGGGCAGAAAGAACUUUCAUCCUGUUCCCCUACCGCGAUUUGAUGCCAGCAUCAUCGAUCCGGCGACGAAGCCGUGGAAGAUCAGUGCUGUAUACGCUACUACAGUGCUAGCCUGGGUGAUCGCGCAGUACCAGGCAAAGGAUCGACCCUAUCUAGAAGCCCACUUUCCACUACUCGUCCCACCAAUUCUCGCCCUGAUAGACGACGACAGCGUCACCUACAAGACACGCGGCUGCCUUCUCUUGACCAAACUCCUCACACCAAUCCGGGAAAGCAAAUCUGACAUCCUCCAGAGGACAAACCUGGCGUCUGUCUUCGAGGACGCCGUCAGACCAUGUCUCCUGUCAUUACCAUCGAUCACACCCGAAGAUGACGCCAUUAAAUUGCUCGGGGUAGCCUACCCAGCUCUGCUCUCCCUCCUACAAACAAACUACCACACCGCCACCGCAAGAUCAGCCGCAAACGUAAACGGAGACAAGUAUAUCUCCAGCGUGACGAGAACUCUCCGAGAGAAUCUCAUCUCCUCAUUCCACCACAUCAGUUCAACAAACAGGACCUCAACCUCCUCGUUCGCCUCGUUCCCAUACCCGCGUCUCUCGGCCCUGCUCGUCGACCAGAUGUACCCUCUCCUCCUGGAGCUAGGCAUCCACACGACAAAGUACCUCCAGGAGAUCGUCCCCCUGCUGUACAGUACGCUGUCAAACCCUUUCGGAACAGCAUACCCGCCUCUUCUCCUUUCGGCGGUGGCCGUAACACGAGCAAUGAUUCUGAACGCGCAUCCGCGCCUGUGGCGAUGGCGCGGUGAGAUCCUCGGCGCGCUCUGCUCGUGUUGGCUGCGUGUAGCCGAGGAAGAAGGUGAAAUCGCCGAACGGGUUGUCAAGGGGCGGAGUGCUGCCGAGGACCAGGAGACGAAUACCGCGCUGACCAAGCUGGAGAGGCAGCUGCGGGGCGCGGUGUACUUGUUGAGGUUUGCGCUGGAGAACCCAGCGCAGGCGGACGGAGACGCCGGCCAGCUGGAAGCGAAGGCUGCUAUUCGGAAGGAAUUGCAGGAACUAGUUGACGCUGAUGAGUCUCUUGCGGACUUGCUUCUUGCGGAUAUUGAUCCUAAUGAUGCGGACUUUUUCGGGAUAGAUCCGUAA